AUGUAGCGUAAAGUGUACGCAGCCUACUAAAUUUUAGUAGAAGAGUCCGUACCGAAGUCGUUAUCUAGUCUUUACUAAUGAACGGAAUUAUUCCUUUAUUCAAACCGAAGGGCGUCACUUCUGCUGCCUUUCUCGACCUUUUCAAAAGUUUUCUGUUUCGAGUAAUUAAAGGUGAAAGCGGGAAGAAAAGAAAAAGAAAGAGAAUGAAAGUAGGACACGGAGGGACGCUUGACAAGGGUGCAGAAGGAGUUUUAGUUGUUGGUAUUGGCGAUGGGUGUAAAGAGCUCAAGAAUUUUCUGGAAGGCAGUAAGAAGUAUUGUGUGACAGGAAAGUUGGGAGCCGCAACAGACACAUAUGAUUCAUCAGGAACAGUCACAUCGGAAAUGCCUUUUGACAAAGUUACCAUAGAAAAAUUUACGUCAGUUGUGAACAAAUUUACAGGAGCGAUUCUACAGAAACCACCAAUAUAUUCUGCCUUGAAGUUUGAAGGGCAAAGAUACUCGGACUUGGCUCGGCAAGGAUGUCCACCUGAGCCUCAACUGAGGCCUGUCACAAUAUACAAUGUGGAAUGUACUGAAUUUAAACCACCGUUGUUUAAGCUAAAUGUUCACUGCAGUUCAGGUACCUACAUUCGAAGUUUAGUGCACGACAUUGGACAAGAGUUGGAAUCCAGAGCUCACGUCAUUGACUUGUGUCGAAGUCAGCAGGGUCAGUUCUUACUUAGUGAUGCUCUUAAACAGGAAGACUGGUCAUUAGAUAAUGUAAAUAAGUUAAUGGUAGUUACAAAGUCUAAACGCUUGAAAGACAGAAAGAGUGUAUAACACAAACAUGGAUGGCCCUGUUUUUUGCAAAACAAUUAUUGAGUUGAUGCUACCUUGUAAGUGGUAUUGUUAUAUACGUGUACUCUUUUUGGUUGAAAAAUAUGUGACAUAAAGACAAUUUGUGA